AUGGACGACAACUUUGUAGAAUGGACGCCAUUCCGCCCAUUCACCAGGGAAUCGUUAUUUAACAUCGAACGUCGCAUUGCGGAGGAGGAAGCGGCGAAACAUGCGCAGCAAAACCAGCCUGAGUCUGGUGACGAUGAUGACGCAGAUGGUGAUGAAGCCAGCCAUCAUGAGGAGAACCUCAAGCCCAACCCAAAGCUGGAGGCUGGCCGGAAGCUGCCUCCAUCGCUCGAGGAAUAUCCGCGGGAGUACACCGGGAAGCCUUUGGAAGACCUGGAUGAAUACUAUCACAACCAAAAGACCUUCGUCGUUUUGAACAAAGACAAGAUCCUCUUCCGGUUCAGCGCCACCAACGCCAUCUUCCUUGCUGUCCCCGUUCAACCCCAUUCGCCUCUGUGUGUAAUGGUGACCAUCUUGACGAACUGCGUCUUCAUGGCGACCACAUGGACCCCUCCAGAAUAUGUGGAAGACAUUUUCCUGGGUGUCUACACACUGGAGGCAACUUUGAAGGUCUUGAGCCGAGGUUUUAUCCUGACGCCGUUCACUUAUUUACGGGACCCCUGGAACUGGUUGGACUUCAUCGUCAUUUCUAUAGCGUACCUCACAAAGACGUCUAAAUUCUUUGGAAACCUGUCUGGGCUGAGAACGUUCCGGGUGUUGCGAGCGCUGAAGACGAUAUCGGUCAUUCCAGGUUUGAAAACCAUCGUAAGUGCUCUGCUGAUGGCAGUGAAACGUCUGCGUGACGUCAUGAUCCUCACUGUGUUCGUCCUGUCCAUCUUCGCCCUGGUGGGCAUGCAGCUGUACUCUGGUGCUCUGCUGCAGAAGUGCAUCAAAAACUGGGCGCUGGAGCUAGGGGAGAAUGUCACUCAUGAGGAGUACGCGGAAUUCGUUAACAAUAAAUCUAACUGGAUGUUGGAUUUUUACGGUGAAUAUCAAGUUUGUGGUAACGCCUCCACAAGUGGGAAAUGUGGCAAUGAGACAAUCAACGGUACGGCGCUGUACUUGUGUAUUCCGAACAUUGGUGAAAAUCCAAACUUCCAUUAUACAAGUUUCGAUAACUUUGGAAUGGCUCUGUUGUGUGCCUUUCGUCUGAUGACACAGGAUUUCUGGGAGAGUUUGUACCAUCUGGAAGAAGAAGCCAGGAAGGAAGCCAUAAGUAUCCUAACUAAAAGUCCUAGCAAUUCUUCUUGGAAUGAAUUUGAUGGAGUUGAAAAGCUGCCUGUUGACAAACUAGAUGAGAAGGAGAGACUAUCGAUGACAAGUGACCACUCAGUGGCCAGCGCACACUUGAAACUUAGUGCACUUGAGCAGAAACGACAUAGCUUGAGCCUGCCUGGUUCUCCCUACAUUUAUCGUCGAAACAGCCGGGGCAGCCAGUACUGGAGAAAACCACCAGUUCCAUCAGCUAAACGAGGACAUGCAGCAGAUCGGCUGCCCCUAGUUCACCACACACUAGAAAACAUUCCUCUGCCAUUUGCUGAUGAUUCUGCAGCAGUUACACCCUCUUCAGAAGAUCUAUGCAGUUAUAACUUGCUGAAGAAUAUCCCCAAUGGCCGUCAGUUCAGCUUUGCUUCUCAGAAAAGAAAUACAGUUCCACACCCAGAAGUUGUAGCUGUUCGCCAGUCGGGGAGUAGAAGAAGCAGCUAUGCAUCCAAUUACAGUCGAACUUCUCGUAAAAGUCGUGGAUCUCAAGCUGGAGACAGGAGCAAGCUGGAGACUUUACUGAAUUUUAGAAAAGGAAAAGUGCCUGAUGUUGUUCUAGACAAGUCAAAGCUAGAUGAUGAUCAAGAUUCGAUCAGCAGUGGCUCAGGCCAAGUUGUGGAGAAGGAGAAAGCAUCAGAGAGUAAUCCAUUCCUAAGUCCUACUUCUGGUGGACAUAGUGUAGAGAUGAGAGGUUUUGUGAGCAUGGCAAGCAUAAAACAGAAGACAAUGAAAGAUCUCAUGUGGAAGUUCUUUUGUACAUGGGACUGUCAUCCAUAUUGUGUGAAGCUACAACGACUUGUCGGUUUGUUCAUCAUGGAUGCAUUUGUUGACCUGUUCAUUACUCUGUGUAUUUUGGUCAAUACACUUUUCAUGGCCAUGGACCAUUAUGACAUGGACAAAACUUUAGCAGAGGUCUCAUCAACAGCCAAUGUGCUGUUCACAAUAAUUUUUGCUGCUGAGGCAUUUCUAAAGAUCAUUGCUAUGAGCCCUGUCAACUACUUCAAAGAUGGUUGGAAUAUCUUUGACUCUAUAAUUGUGGCCCUGUCAUUAAUGGAACUUUGCAUGGGAAGUGUGAAAUUACCUGGCCUAUCUGUACUGAGAGCUUUUAGGCUGUUGAGAGUGUUCAAGUUAGCCAAGUCCUGGCCUACAUUGAACAUGUUAUUGUCCAUUGUUGCAAGAACUAUGGGAGCACUGGGCAACCUCAUCAUUGUGUUGGCCAUUGUGAUCUUCAUCUUUGCUGUCAUGGGUCAGCAGCUGUUCUCACAGAAUUACAAGGUUUACACUUUUGUAGAAUUUGAUGAAAAUGGCAAAGAAGUGCAUGAUCCAGAAAAAAUGCCAAGGUGGAAUUUCAAUGACUUCCUUCAUUCUUUUAUGAUUGUUUUCCGAGUAUUGUGUGGAGAGUGGAUUGAAUCCAUGUGGUGGUGUCUGCGGGUUGCUGGCUGGCCUUGUGUACCAUUCUUUCUACUGACAUACAUUAUUGGAAACCUGGUCGUACUCAAUUUGUUUCUUGCAUUGCUGCUAAGCUCUUUUGGCUCUGAGAGCUUGUCACGGUCUGAAUCUGAAGACGAACCAAAUAAAAUAGCAGAAGCUAUAGACAGAUUCAGGCGCUUUGGAAACUGGGUGAAAGUGAAAAUAAUAGUGUGCAUAAAAGUGAAACUGCAGCGAAAGAAGAACUGGAAACCUUCACUGCCACCUACUGAACAGCCAGAGGCAAAUGGGAAGAAUGGAAAAGUCACUGAUGGGACAACAGUUUCUUUGGAAAAGACUCCUGAUGAUCUGCAUGAUGGAGCUGUGAUAUCAAGAGCAGGCAGUAUAGUCUCAAGCAGACACCAGAAGUCGACUACAGGAAGUGGCUCAAGCCAGUGCUCCAGCUGUUCAUCCAUGACAGACCUGGCCCAAGCCAAGAAAAUUGAUCUGGAAGCAGAGCAUGAAGUAAAUGAAGUGGAAGUUGUUUAUGCCAAG